AUGUCAAUUCUCAUUUACAGAUUUAGUGCCUUACCUGUAGCUGCUAAGGUGACAAUCAAACUUGGGCAGCUGUCUUCUCCCAAAAUCAAGCCUGGAAAACCACAGAAGGAGAGGGGAGGGGGCCCAGGCCCUGUCAGGCAUCCAGAGGAGGAUCUUGAGGCAAGAGGGGAAGACCUUGGUCUGGUGGGCGUGCCUGAGUUCAGCAGCGGGAGGAGGUCUCAGGGAGGUGAAGGCCUUGGUGUGAGUGAGAAGACAGGUCAGCUGAAGGAGUCACGUCAGGCCGGAAGAAAGAAGAGUCCCAAGCUCUACCAGAGUCACAGUAAGGACGCUUGGAAUGUGACCUCUUGCCUUAGGCUAGCAGAGGCACAGGAGGAGAGGGCACAAGACUUGUUAGAGGAAAGCACAUCAGAUAGAAGCUCCAGCAUCCAAGAAGAAGAGGGCACACGCUCUCUCCAGGCCUCAGUAGACACCAGAUCCUUGCUCAGAGAACUGCAGGAUGAAAAGGUGGCUGAUUUGUUGCAUUUCAUGGUCCUCAAAUAUCGACUGAAGGAGCCCUUCACAAAGGCAGAAAUGCUAAAGGUUGUCAGCAAAAAGUACAAAAACCAAUUUUCUGUGAUCUUCAAGAAAGCUUCUAAGUGCCUAGAGGUGAUCUCCGGCAUUGAUGUGAAGGAAGUGGACCCCAAAAUCCACUCCUAUGUCCUUGUCAACUCAUUAGACCUCACCCAUGAUGAGAUGGUUAGUGAUGACCAGAGCAUGCCUAAAAAUGGCCUCCUGGUAAUCAUCCUGGGUGUGAUUUUCAUAGAGGGCAACUGUGCCCCUGAGGAAAACAUCUGGGAUUUCUUGAAUAUGUUAGGCGUGUAUGCUGGGAGGAAGCACUUCAUUUUGGGGGAGCCCAGGAAGCUCAUCACCAGAGAUUGGGUGCAGGAGAAUUAUUUGGAGUACCGGAAGGUGCCUAAUAGUGAUCCUCCACGGUACGAAUUCCUGUGGGGUCCAAGGGCCUAUGCUGAAACCAGCAAGCUGAAAGUUCUGGAAUUUUUGGCCAAGAUCAAAGGAACUGACCCCAUUUCCUUCUCAUACUGGUAUGAGGAGGCUUUAAGAGAUGACGAAGAGAGUCGGGGCCACAGUUGGCCCCUUGGAUAG